AUGAACGCUCGUGAGAAGCGGAGUGUUGAUGACAAUAACGGGGAUGACGGUAACGGGGUCGACAGUAACGGGGAUUACAACGACGACUCUGGUUCGGAUUAUAGCGGGGAUGGAGGUGAUGACUAUAACGGCGAUUCUGGAGACGGAGGGGGCGACUACAGUGAUUCUGGCGACGGCGAUUAUAGCGGGGGCGACGGUAGCGAUGGUGGUGACUAUAGCGAAGGCGACUAUCCAGAUGACGGGAGUACGGAGGGAGAUGGGAGUCGGAGGGAAAGGGGUUCAUCCAACGGCUCACGAUCAAGCAGGAGGAAGAAAGGACGGCGGGGAUCGAGCCGUCGUAAGGGCCACCACCCAAAUAAGGGGCACCACAAGCGCGGCUCGGCGCCGCCAGUUGCAAGCGAUCCGGCCGUCAACUUACCUCCCGUUACAAUCGUUCCCCCGUUCACGGUCAAAAAUCCCCCGGUGAUAGCAUUCCCGCCGAAAAUUACCAAUCCGAAACCCGUCGACCCCUCCCCAGCACCCCCUGUCGGUCCCCUCAUACCCGAUAAUGUCAACCCGUUACCGUUCGAUCUCAUCCCCGUUCCGCAACGUACACCCACCGACUCGUUUACGCUAAACCCGUUUAAAGGCAGAGUCGCGGUUUUCCCAUUGGAGCCAGCCCGAAAGGACCCAAAAGCCGGUCUGAUAAAAAAGCCAAAACCGCCAGUGGUAAAACCAACACCGAAAGUGCCCACUCUCCCGCCCAAACCAAAAGUGCCAACACUGCCGCCCGCACCGAAACCGAAAGUGCAGAUCCCGCCAAAGACCCCGCCCAAUGCGGGAGCAGUUGACCCGUCCGAUCCCAACAACCCGUUUGCUAGUCCGUUUGACCCGCCGCCCGGCGCGAACGGCCCGCUGAAUCCGACCGACCCCGUGAAUCCGCUCAAUCCGCUGCAGCCGCUGUCGCCGUCGCCGCCGGUUGUUACUCCCAAGCCUUCUCCGCCUCCCGAUGACGGUGCCGGUAUCCCCAACACCACCGUCCCUCAAAUGCUCCCCGAUUCCUACAACGCCUCAGCAGCCAUCAAGCCAAAAACCACCACCAGCACAUCCGCGCCUCCCUCGCCCCCCACCGACUCUGGAGUCAACACCCUCAUGGUCGUACUCAUGGUUACAAUCCCCCUGGGUGCAGCGGCGGUCAUAACAAUGGGCAUGCUGGGGUGGAGUCAGUACAAGAAGUGGAGUAUGAACGCGCAAGGCCCUGCCACUGCUGGGGGACCUGGGUCUGGGUCUGGGAGCGGUGGGUUUGGUGGCAGUGGGUAUGAGUCUCUGAGAGGGGGACCAGCAGUCACGAUGUUUGGAGGAGGGUUCAAGGGCUCGAAGCUGAAGACUCAGCUUCAGCUAUCAGCUUCACGAAUCACGGUGAUGCGCAACAAGCGGCAGAAUGAGCUCAAGUACAAGCGGCGUGAGGUGGCGAUGAUGCUCAAGGGUGGCCAGGAAGCUCGAGCUCGUAUUAGGGUGGAGGAGCUUAUAAGGGAGGAGAACACUAUAGCAGCCUACGACGUUCUGGAGCUCUUCUGCGAGCUGCUGGUCGCCCGCAUUCUCAUUAUAGAGUCACAGAAGACCUGCCCGGUGGACCUACGGGAGGCGGUUUCGAGCAUAAUUUUCGCUGCCCCGCGCUGCUCCGACCUGCCCGAGCUCGCUGAGGCGAAGAAACUCUUCCAGCAGAAGUUUGGGCGGGAAUUCGUGAUGGCAGCAGAGGAGCUGCGUCCUGAAUGUGGGGUGAACCGGAUUAUUGUCGCAAAGCUAUCAGUGAGAGCCCCCUCGCCUGAAUCCAAGCUAGAGGCGCUGCAGAAACUGGCAGUGGAGAAUGGCGUGGAGUGGGACCCGGCUAGCAUGCAGAAGGACUUGCUGGCGAAAUAUGAAGACAUGAUGGACCCUCGUUCCAACCAGCCAGUCUACACAUCUGCCCAUCCAGACGCUCCCAGGACCCCCCCUCCUCACGACUCAGUGCCCAACAUGUUUGGUCCCGGGCAGCCCUACAAUCCCGGGCAGCCCGCAAAUGUUCCGGCGGGCAGCCAGCCGUACGAAGCCGGCCCUCCAUCUGCCCCCCCUCGCACAGAAUCUUUGAUUACAGCAGAUGACUAUGAGAAGCGGUGGGUGGGAAAAGCAGGGGGGCAGGGUCAGGCAAAUGACCCUGCCCACCCCGCUUCUGCUGCUGCCGCUGCUGGUGCUGCCGGUGCCGCUGCUGCUACUGCUGUCGCUGCUGCUGGCGGUGGUGGUGGUGGUUACGGUGCUGGUGGUGGGUCAGCUGGUUACACUGGCGUUGGUGGUAACCCUCUGGAUUACCCAGCAUCAUCUGUUCCCAAGUAUGGGGAGGGUAAGGCUUUUAAGAAAGAUGCUAUGGAUUACGCUCCUAGCAGCUACGGAGGAGGGGGAGGAGGCGGAGGGGGAGGGGGGGCAGGAGGUGGGGGGGGAGGGGGAGGAGGGGGUAACUACCAGAAUCAGGGUAACAACAACCCCAGUGGUGCGUUUUCCACAGAGGAGAUUCGGCGGGCAGAGAACGAGGUGGCGAGGGAGUUUGAUCGUGUGGCUGAGGAGAGAGAGCGCCAGAUGGCGGCGAUCCGUGAGUCGUCAGAACGCGCCAGGCUGGCGGCGCAGCGGGCAGCAGAUGCUGCCCGGAUGGCCGUUGGGGGCGGGGGAGCGGGGGGAGCGGGGGGGAUGGGGGGGGUGGGGGGGAUGGGGGGAGGGGGGAUUGGUGCUGGGUACGGUUCAGGGGCAGGAGGAGGAGGGAGGGGGAUGAUGGGCGGACAGGGAGGAAUGGCCGUAAACGCUCGUUACGGGCCUAGUGCGUACGGCGGCAUGCCAGGUGGAUCCGCAGGUGGUUCUGUUGGUCCAGGUGAUUCCUCUGUUGGUUCAAGUGGAGGAGGCGGGGUGCAGGAUGGGGAGGACAGUUUGGAUUUGCCUGCUCCCCCUAGAGGUAUCGUGGGGGGAAGAGGAGGGGGAGGGGGAGGGGGAGGAGGAGGCGGAGGGGGAGGCGCAGGGGGUGGGGCAGGAGGUGGGUUUGUGGGUGCAAGUGCAUUUGACGAUUUUGUGGCCAAGUCACCUCGAGCAGGAGAAACUGGUAGUGGUGGAUUUGGGGCAGGAGGAGGAGGAGGGGCAGGGGGAGCAGGGGGAGCAGGAGGAGCAGGAGGGACAGGAGGAGCAGGAGGGACAGGAGGCACGGGUGGUGGGUAUGGGGCAGAGUCAGCAGCGCCAGCAAGCCAUGGCACCCCAGCACAUGCUUUUGAUGACUACAUUGCGCGGUCUCCUAGGGGGAGCAACAAUAGCAACGGCAGUGGUGAUUUCAACGCCCCGUCCGUCCCUGGUUCGGGCGCCGCCCAUUCCUCCCACUCAGGCUCGGAAUUCCCCUCCGUGCCAGGCUCUGGCGGGUAUGGCUCUGGCGCUGGCUCGGGCUACAGUGGAGGAGGUGCGGGGCCAGGUUCGGGGAUGCAGAGUGGUCCGGCGACAGCUGGUUUGUCGGGAGAUGUGAUGUCGCUGCCUGGCAUUGAUGACUUGGCCGCUAGGUUUGACCGGCUGAGGAAGAGAACGGCAGCAUCGGAUGACCUGUGA